AUGCAGAGCCAAGCCCAAGGCGGCGGCGGCGACGGCGACCUGCCCUCGUCGCUGCCCUCGUACAUGCCCGCGUCCUCGCAGGGCGCGCCCGCCGGCCUGCCCUUCGGCUACAACCUGCUGAGCCAGGCCGGCGCCAAGAGCGACGCGGACGCCGCGCAGCGCCAGUGGAAGGCGGCGCCCAUGCAGCCGCAGUUCAUGUUCGUGGGCGCCGGCGCGCGGCCCGCGGGCGCGGAGACGGCCAAGCCCGGAGGCGGCGCGCAGCCCAGCCCCUCCGAGGGGAUGCGCGGCAUGUCGUUCCAGGACGGCGGUGGCGGCGGCGCGGCGGGCUUCCAGAUGCUGCAGGCGGACGGAAAGGCGCCCACUGCCAUUGCUCCCGCGCCCGUGGGGCUCAAGCUCGGGCAGCAGGGCGGCACGCCGGCGUCGCAGAUCUCGGCCGCGCAGUUCGCGGCCAGCACGGGCGGCUUGGCCAUGGACACGGCGCUGCUGGCGCGCGUGAGCGGCACGGACCCGUCGCUCAUGGGCUCGGAGGAGAUCAAGCAGAUCAUGCGCACGCCCGACCUGCUGUCCAUCUACCAGAAGCUGCAGGAGGAGGACGACCGCAGACAGAGGCGGCUGGAGCGCAACCGCGCGUCGGCGCGCGUGCGGCGCGAGAAGAAGAAGGGCAUGGUGGAGACGUACGAGGCCGAGGUGUCCAAGCUCGAGAGCUCGCUGAAUAUGCUCAAGAACCACCAGUUCGGCACGGGCAACGCCGACGAGCUGGCCACGGCGCUGCAAUACAGCUCGGGAGAACACCUCCGCCACGCGCAGAUGUCCAAGGAUGCCAAGAUGGAGCUGAUGGCGCGUAUCCUCGGCCAACACUCGCGCAAUACAGAUGCGAUCCGCCGCGCUAAUGCUGAAAACCAGGCGCUGAUCGCAGUGGCGUCGGACAACUCGGACUUUUCCCAGGCACUGCGUUCGCAGCUGGGCCUUACAGAAGAUCAGUGCCGGCGACUGGCAAGUUUGGCGAUUCCUGCUAGCGAGGAAGCGCGCAAGCUAGACGCAAUUCGGAAGUGCUUCUCCGCGCUGCGAGCGCACGACUGGCUUUACGUUCCUGGCAUUGAGACUAUCCUGCAUCAAUCGCGUAACACGAUGACUCCGCACCAGUUCCAGAAGUUCUUAUCGUGGUCGGUGGAGAACCGACCGUCAAUCGACCAGCUACAGGUGCGCUAUGCUCGAAUACCGCGUCCCCACUGCAGAAAAGUGCUCACAUACGUUUUUUUCUGGCUUAUCCAGUUCGUGCCGACUCCGUCUGCCCCAGCGUCUGAGAAGGACCUGACAUUUAUCUUCUCCGAGGACUAGAAAUUCCUCCAAUGACGUCGUCAAGUAAACCCAAGAGCCCUCCCCCGAAGCAGCGCGCUACGUGAGCGAGCUCUGGGCUGUAGCCACCUAUUUUGCUAUUUUGCCUUGCCCGCGUGUAAGGUAAGGUGCCAGUUGCGUGCCUACAACCAGUUCCGUGCCUACUUGUUUUAGCCAAUUAGCAUCUUCUCCUUGUUAAACUCUCGUAGUCUAUUGGUAGAUUUUUCCAGCGUCACAUGCAAUUUCCGGUGUUGAGCCUCCUAGGAUUUGCAUAGCAUACAAAAAUGCUAUC